AUGUCAACAUUAGAGGAUAAACUUCUCGGUGAGAAAAAAGAAUAUUAUUGUAGCAGUAGCGAAAGUGACGAUGACAUCGAAUCAGAUGAUGAAAAUAAAAUUAGUGAAUCCUUUAAAGUGGAUCCCGGACCUCCUCCUUUAAAUCCUCCCGAUGCGGGUUGCUCCACUAAUACAGGUCCUAAAGGAGUACUUAAAGACUGGCAACAGUACAAACAAAUACAAUCUGAACAAAGAAUGGAAAGAGAAAGAGAAAAAUUAGAAUUAAUUGAAAGACUUGCAUUUACUUGUCGUUCGGAUUUGGACCAAGAAAAAGAGGAAGAUCCAGAAUUGGAACAAUUUUUGGAUCCUUAUGUUCUAGAGUAUUCUGUGAAAAAAAUGCAAGAAAUGUUAGCCAAAUCUACAUUAAAUAAACAAUUUGGUGAGGUUUACACUCUUUCAAAUGGUCAAGAAUUUUUGGAUGCCAUCGAUAAAGAAAAUAAAAAUGUAACUGUAAUCAUUCAUAUAUACGAAGAAAAAGUUUCAGAUUGUAAAAAUAUGAAUCAUUGCUUGGAUGUUAUAUGUAAAAAUUACCCUGAUGUUAAAUUUUGCAAAGUAUUGGGAUCCAAAGCUGGGGUCAGCAAAAGUUUUAAAUUGAAAGGAGUACCAGCAUUACUGGUAUAUAAAUCGGGAACAUUAGUCGGAAACUUUGUUAAGAUAACAGAAGAAUUAGGAAAUGAUUUUUCUUAUGGCGAUGUGGAAAAUUUCCUUAUCGAAAAUGGUAUAUUAUUAGAUAAAACAUUUAUACCCAGAAUCAUUAGAGACAGCAAGACAUAUGCAGUAAAUGAAUAA